AUGGCGACACCUCUCAUUUCUCCGCAAUGGCUGGCAAAACAAAUCGAAAAGCGCGAUCCAGAGUUGAGGAUAUUUGACACAACUAUUACAAUCAAUGGUUUAGGUGAUGAAGACUUCAAAAGUGCCCACAUAGACGGUGCCCAGUUUUUGAACUUGUUCAAAGACACAAAGCCAACGAAAUAUCUGCCAGUCAACUUGCCAGAGCCCGCGGUAUUUCAAGAUUACGCUAGAUCUCUGGGAAUUAAUACAUCCAGCCAUGUCAUCCUGUACGAAAACACGGACCUACAUGGCUUUGCCGCGCCAAGAGCCUGGUGGAUGUUGCGAGCGUAUGGGAUACGGAACGUAUCUGUGCUGGACGGCGGUCUGAAGCGGUGGAGAUCUGAAGGCUACCCCGUGACUGUGGAGACAACAGAACACCCGAAAGGAGACGUGGCCGUCACUACAGAUGCAAGUCGAAUGAUGUCUUUCAGUGACAUCGUUGCCUCAGCUGAUAUACAGCUGGUGGACUCAAGGCCUCCCGAUAACUUCGCCGGGGAGCAUCAAGAACCUUCUCCGUUCCUGCAGGCUUUUAUGCCUGCCCUCGGCAUGAAGAAGGAAGACCUUGACCUUCAAACAGGUCACAUUCCAGGAGCCGCGAGUGUGCCCUACCCUUCCAUGUACCAAGAGGAUGGUGUCACAUUCAAAACCAAAGAGGACCUGACAGCGUUGUUUCAGAAGCAAGGUGUGAACAUGAAACAACCCAUCACAGCCUACUGUUACGUCGGUCUUACCGCCUGCAUCUUCGCCUUGGCCGCCAGUGUUUGCGGGCACGGGGACGUGUCUGUGUACUAUGGCUCCUGGGUAGAUUACGGACAGAGGGCGCCGCAGUCGAAAGUCCAACGGUCCUGUUUCUCCUCUGUGCCUUGA